AUGGCAAAGUCUUGGAUCUGUUUUUUUAUCAUAGAUACCAGAGAUCUUCUACAUACAAAGACGAGAAAGGAUGAUACGAUCGAACAGAUAAAAGUUCAAACCGGAACUCUCCGAUCAAAUUAUACUUCUAUCACGGUGGACAACACCCUUAGUCUGGCUCAUUCCCUUGUCCAAAUUACGUGCCAAGACCACAAAGGUCUUCUUUAUGACAUAAUGAGAACUCUCAAAGACUACAACAUUAAGAUUUCGUUCGGGCGUUUCACUACAAAACCUCGACGAAAAUGUGAGAUAGACUUGUUCAUCAUGCAAGCAGAUGGAAAAAAGAUAGUUGACCCUAACAAGCAGAGUUCUUUGUUGUCGCGCCUUAGAACGGAACUAUAUCGUCCACUAAGAGUAGCUGUUGUGAGCCGAGGCCCUGAUACCGAGCUUCUAGUUGCAAACCCUGUCGAGUUGUCUGGCGAAGGACGACCUCUAGUUUUUUAUGAUAUUACACUUGCUCUCAAAAUGCUCGAAAUUUGCAUCUUUUCGGCUGAAAUCGGGAGACACUCGAUCGGAGACCGGGAGUGGGAAGUUUAUAGAAUCUUGCUCGACGAAGGGGAGGGUUUGUCUGUUCCGAGGAACAAGAUUGAGGAGGGAGUUUGGAAGAUGUUGAUGGGUUGGGAGUGA